AUGACUGUGUCAGCUUCAGGCCCUCAAUCGGUCAAGAGACUCCAUGAGCCUGAGAAUACGCUAUACGGGAACUCUACCGCGAACGUCGGCGAUUGUCGUCGAUCCUACGCCUUCUCUCCCGCUCAGAGCCAGCAAUCCUCCGCUCUCGACCCCGACGAGCACGACUUCACAGAUGAAGAACUAGCCGAGAUCGACGGCUUUGGAAUAUACUCUGUCAUUCUGCCGCCAGAGUCUACCGACCCGCCCAGAAAGGUGCAACUGCUUCGACCUGUACCCCCGCACAUAGCUCGACCACCAUAUAUCGCCACAUCGAGUUGCUUACCCAAGUUUGGAAGCGGACUCGCACUUGGAGAUGCUCGGAUUACUCUGGGGUCGGAAGAGGAAGUCAGACUACGGAAGUCAGCUAGUCUAGCGAAGGACGUCCUGACUUUCGCUGGUACCCUUGUGCGCCCAGGGAUAAGUACGGAAUCUAUUGACGCCCGAGUACAUGAGUAUAUCCUAUCUCAUGGCGCAUAUCCCUCUCCGCUAGGAUACAAGGGCUUCCCUGCGUCCUGCUGCACAAGCGUGAACAACGUCGUGUGCCACGGCAUUCCCGACGAGCGUGUACUCGAGGACGGCGACAUCAUCAAUAUCGACAUCACAGUCUACCUGGAUGGCUACCACGGAGACACAUCGCGAACAUUUCUCGUAGGCGAUGUCGAUGAACCCGGCAGAGCCUUGGUUCAGGACACAUCUGAUGCACUAGACGCUGGUAUUGCGGCGUGUGCACCAGGGAAGCCGUUCAGGGCUAUCGGAGCCGCCAUACAGGCUCUUGCGGACAAGCGCGGCUACUCCAUAGCGCGGUUUGAUGGGCAUGGCAUCGGGACCGAGUUCCAUCGUCAACCUUGGAUUAUCCACCAACGGAAUGACCAACCAGGCUAUAUGCAGCCAGGACAUUGCUUCACCAUCGAGCCUGCGUUCGUUCAAGGCUCCAAACCCGAUACAUGGACAUUCCCGGAUGGGUGGACAGAAUCUACACUAAACUGUGCUCGGUCGGCUCAGAAGGAGCACAUGGUGUUGAUCACAGAGACGGGCGUAGAUGUCCUCACUGCUUGA